UUAGAAGGAGAAUUUAAGUGUAACACAGAAGUCUGUCAACAUGGCUGCCCCUCGAGGAGCGUUUUAAGAGUUUUACCCAGAUGUCAGAGUCUGUUCUCUCUGACUGCACACAGACAGCAGCAGCCUGUCAGAUCCUAUGCUGCCGCCGCCGCCGCCAAGCAUAAGGAGAAGAAAACGAGACCUCUCAAGAAAAAGAGGCGAAGGAGAAAAAAAGAUUGAUGACAAAAACCGACAUAAACCCUAUGGACUCACAGCCUGGGCUCCUGUAGAUGAUGUGUACAUGGUGCGAUACUAUCCCAAACCUGUACACGAGGCGUCUGUGGCCAUUGAAAUGAUGAAGAACUUUCAGAAGUUGGAUUUCAGUUCUGAAAACCAGCCUGUGUACGUCAACUUCAUGCGUCUAGACAUGAAGCUGGAGAAAAAAGAAAAAGUGGAUCCAUUUGUUAGCACUAUUAAUUUACCACAUCCCUUCAAGUUGGACAUCAACAAAAUAGUGGUUUUCACCGAGAAUCCAGAUCAAGCCAGGAUAGCGAUGGAGAAUGGAGCCGCAGUUGCAGGUGGAGCAGAACUGGUUGAGAAGAUUUUAGCUGAUGAGAUCAUUGCAGAUUUUUACUUGGCUGAGCCAGGCAUUGUGCAAAAGCUGCACCCUUUAAAGAAUAAGCUGAGGAAGAAGUUUCCCAAGAGCAAGAGAGGAUCGGUUGGAGUAAAUAUUCCAAAAAUGCUUGAAAUGUUCAAGAGUGGUCAUGAAUACUUGGUUGAGGACAUCUAUGUUAACACACAAGUUGCAACACUGGACAUGCCAAAGGAGCAUAUUCUGGAAAACAUUCAUGCCAUUGUAAAAGAUGUGGCAAGCCAUAAACCAGCAGAAUUUGGUCCUUUUAUCGAGCGAGCAAUUGUAUGCAGCAGGUCAAGUGAGGCUUUGCACAUUAAAUUCGAAGAACUAUUACAACAGGAGGAGAAAAAAGCAUAACAAUUUAGCUUUGUGUAUAUUUGCAUUGUACAAAACGUAUAUACUGUAAUAAAAUGGUAAAUGUUA